CAUCCUCUUCACCACCCGCACUACACGCUAAAGCUUCUAAGAACACACAAUGAUACCUCGAAUAUCGGUCUAAAUUAACUACACACACCUCAAUAUCCACCAGAAAUUUCAUCUAUAACUCCCGCAACUGUCGCCAUGUUUGGGGAGUCCGAGUCUGAAUCGCCCCGAGUGCCUUCACCAUGGGAUCCGUUUCUGUCCUCCACUUCCCCUAUUCCCGCCGCCAAAGGGAAAUCGUCUUACUCUCUUGAUACGAACAGUAGGGCAAAGCUUGUCCCUGAGCUUGAAGAAGGUAACAUUGAGUAUAAGCUUCACCUCAUGCACCCUUCUCCCGCACGCUUCGCGCGACUAGUCACCCAACUAAAGUGGCGAUUGCUCGAGGGCGGCGGGCAAGCCUUUUACGAGCUGGGCGUCGCAGACGAGGGUGCGCUCGUCGGGCUCACUCCUCUGCACCUUGCCGCUACGCUUGACACUCUUAGAGCUAUGGCAGCCGAGAUCAACGCCGAGGUCGUCGUGAUGAAAGAGAUCGAGGUCUUGGGUGCGACGGUCCGGGAGGAGGAUGCGAGAGAGUUCGCCAAGAAGGGAAGAGACAAGGGGACUUCUGCCAAGGUCAAGACUAGGAAUGUGUUUCCGAAGGCCUCGCCUGCGUCUUUCACAUCCGCCUCUUCUGCUGUGUCUUCUUCGCUCAACUCGACCGUGUCGCUCACGCCCGACUUGUACUACGAUGUUCCAGCGUUCGGCUCGGACUUCUCUGCUUCCCCAUCCCCUCCCACAGUUCCUAUCUCUACGCCAGCCGAUCACGAUCCUGUACCGUCUAUCAAAGUUGACAUCGACGAGUCUCUCGCACUAUUCUCCAUGGAUCCAGAGCCCGAAUUCGAUGAGACAGAUAUAUCAGCUUUUGUGGACCACCAGCUAUACGAUCCGAGACCCACAGACAAACCCCGCGAUUUUCUAGUUGACACCAGACCGUUCACCACUUUCGAAUAUUAUACGAACGCUGCCAUCUCUGCUCCUGCACCUGUCAACGUAAAGCCUGGCGUUUCCUGGUCCUUGCCUGUCGGCUCGCCUCUUGGCAUCUCCCAUGGUGCUGAACCAUACAAGCCUAACUCGAAGUCGGAGAAGCGCCGUGUCGCGCGAGAUCUUAGACGGGCACAGCGAAAGAAAGCCCUCGAGGAUCCUUCACUGGACGUUGUGCAUGCCUGCAUCGAGCCGUCAGUCACGCCUUCUCCCACGAAUGCGACGGACGCCACUGUCAUAGACGGCAGUGAGGAACUUGCUCAGGCGUUGAGCGCACUGCAGAUGUCGGAUAAUGCUGAUGAACCCGUGCACAUCCGGAGGAUCAUUGUCGAGGCGAUGGUGGUGCGACAACUGGAUCUCGAGGAGGCAUUUCUAGACUUUACGAGAGUCUGAGGGGUCAUAAGUCGCAGCGUAAGUGAUUUAUAAACAGUUCUGUGGUACGUUUAUCUCUUUGUCACAUAUCGGCUCCUCUUGCUGGCGCGUUUACACGAAUGGACGCUCAGCGCUCAGCUAGUGGUGCUUGUCACUUAUCAUUAUAUAUGUACUCCGAAUGUGACCUCGUUGUGGACAAUUGCAACGUUCCGUUGUGCAGCGCUU